UCUCAGAGCGCCUCUGGCUCACACACACCGUGUAGACGGGGAGCGGGUGACACCAUGUCCGCUCUUCUCCUCCUCCACCGCCUCGUCGUCCUCCUUCUCCCCCUCCCCAGCACCGCGUCCCGGUGACCCCGCCAUGUCACCGCUCUGCUCCCUUCCCUCCAAUGUGGACUCCUUCGCUUCUCCAUUGUAAUUCGCACGGGGAAUCGUUAUGGCGAGCCGCCGGACUGCUCCACCUGAGGCAGACGGCGAGAGGACCCAGCAGCAGCAGGCGCACGCUACUAGCCCGGGCGCUGAGGAGGCCUCAAAAAACAAAGAUGGACGAGAACGCAGUGAGAUGGUAUCGCCGACGGAGGAGGAAGUUUUCUCCUGGCCCGGUCCGAAGGCUGUCAUGUUGAGGAGGGCCUCGGAAGGCUUUGGUUUUACGUUAAGGCACUUCAUUGUUUACCCGCCAGAGUCUGCAGUCCAGACUUCAAUUAAGGACGAAGAUAAUGGAAACCGUGGAGGAAGACAAAGAAACCGGUUGGAGCCAAUGGACACCAUCUUUGUGAAACAAGUUAAGGAAGGCGGUCCAGCGUACGAGGCCGGCUUGUGUACAGGGGAUAGAAUCAUCAAGGUGAACGGGGAAAGUGUUAUCGGGAAGACUUAUUCUCAAGUCAUUGCUUUAAUUCAGAACAGUGAUUCCACCUUAGAACUGAGUGUGAUGCCAAAAGAUGAAGACAUUCUCCAGCUGCUGCAGUUUCCAAAGGAUAUCACAGCUCUGGCAUAUUCCCAAGAUGCUUACCUGAAAGGAAAUGAUGCCUACAGCGGCAACGCACACUAUAUUCCUGAACCCCCACCUAUAUGUUAUCCUCGUGUAAAAUCCGCACCUUCGGUGAUGGCCCAACCACCUGAAGCUACACCUCCAGGCACGUCUUUGGCUAAGCAACCUGUUCGUCCGGUAAGAACGCCAGCACAACCGGACAGAAACCACCGAGUGGAAAUCCAAGUGCCUCCAUCACCUACAGAUCUCGUGAAAUCGAACACUGCUGUAUGUGUCUGCAAUGAAGCUGUAAGAACUGUUAUUGUGCCUUCUGGGAAGGUGGUUGAGCUUUCAUCAAGUAGACCUAGCAGUGCUGGCCCUUCACAUCGGGUAGAUCCUUGUACACUCAUAAUACCAAGGACCACAUCUCCAACCUCUGGGGUUCCCCCUGUCAUGUCGAUGGUUACUAGACAAGUUGAUGGUGGACUUAAAAGCAAACCUCCAAGCUAUGGAGGACAUGUUGACUCUCUUUGUAGUCCCAGGGCAAUUGGCCCAGGCGAGGAAUCACCAUCUCCUACCAAUCACUAUUCUUCAGUUUCUCACCAGCACAUAGACUGGAGAAAUUACAAAACCUACAGAGAGUACAUAGACAGCAGACGUAUGCAGAUGUAUGGUCAUAGAACCAUACAAGAGCGACUGGAUAGCCUUAGAGCGGCAUCACAAAACACGGACUACAGCCAAAUUUCUCCCAUCCGCUCUUCUGCGGAGGUCCGUCGUAGGAGUACUUCUCAUGACAGGGUUCCUCAUUCUGCCCAAAUCAGACAACGGAGCGUUUCUCAGGAAAGGCUUGAAGACCCAGUCAUUGUGAAAGGUUGGAAAGAGUGGCCCCGUAGUGCUUCCCAAGAUACUCUUACAUCACCAGCUGCCAUUCCCAGGAGCAAUAGAACGGGGUCAUGUGACUACCUUACAAAUAAAGUCGAUCACUAUAUCUGUGAUCCUCACGAUGCAAAUGGUGAAAUAAAGCACAACUACAAAUGGACUGGAUUUACUGAGCAAGAUGACAGACGGGGUAUAUACGAUCGAUCUAGGCAGCAUUCAUUUCAUAUGUCCCUUAGAGGCCCAAGCUUCCCUGCAGGACCUGUUGUAUAUAGUUCAGAUCAUAGGCGACGUGUUUUGGGCUCAGCACAUCCUUUGCAGAAGGUCUCGGCUGACCCGAAAAGCUCUCCCCUAUCAAGGAAUUUUCAGAGUUCUUCUUUCAGGUACCCACAUUCUCGGCCACCUGUAUCUGAAAGAACCAACUUUCCACUUGCUAAAGCUAAUUCUGUAAAAAGUACUUCUUCCUAUGGACCUAAACCAUUUACUCUUAAUAUAAACGUGGAUGAUGCAAUCAUCAAAGACCAAAAAGCAGUGAACCACAUAAGCAGGAGCGGGCCAUUAAAUGUGCAGAAAACAUCCCCAGCCGAGGCCUCUCAUAACUUACAUCUGGAUGCCGUCAUCAAAUCUCCCAUCGCUGCUUCUUCACCGAUUCCCACCAGACCUGUGAAACAGGUAACAAAUAGCUCAGCUACCUCGGACAAAAUGAGCGUUCAGAACGGGCAAAGCCCUAGCGCAAAAGUCAGUUAUUCUGGUGCAGAAUUUAAUUCUAUGGAUCCCGUGGUCUUAAGGGAUAAAUCUCCGUCUGGUGGCCAGACUCCUCAGCCCAUACGGCAGCAGUCCUACAUUUUUGCCGUCAACGAACCAGAAUCCGGGGGCGACACAACCUGCUGGUUACCCAACGAUGCCCGGAGGGAAGUCAAAAUAAAAAGUAUAGAACAGAAGAAGGCAUCAGGUUCCAGUUCACCGGGAGAUUCAUUGGCAUCUAUACCCUUCAUAGAUGAGCCGACCAGUCCCAGUAUAGACCACGAGAUAGCAAACAUUCCAGCCUCUGCUGUGAUCUCCACAUCUGUACAGCAGCCGCCUCCGACCAUCACUACUGUUCCUCCCAGCCCCACGUCUUCUGCACCGUCAUUACGCCGCCUCCACUCGGACGAUCACGAGCCGACCAGGCCCAACGCUCUUGAAGUCCAUUCCGCUUCAAAGACUGAAAGGUCUAAAUCCUGUGAUGAGGGACUCGAUGACUAUAAGGAGGAAGGGAAAGCCAGAGCUCUGAAGCAUGUAUCCAGCUUGAAAGGCAUAAAGGUCCCGCAGAGCUUACAGUCUUCCGAGGACUCUGAGUCCAGAAAAGAUUCUUCCUCAGAUGUCUUCAUUGACUCGAACAAGGAAGGUUAUCUGUACUUCCGGCAGCUUAUCACUGAUAAAGGAAAGAGAGUUGGUGGCAGUAUGAGGCCUUGGAAGCAAGUAUAUGUCGUUUUGCGCAACAACUCCUUAUAUCUGCACAAGGACAGGAAGGAUCAGUCUGGACACUUAUCAUCUCAGUCUGAAGAAGAGCAGCCCAUAAACAUCACAGGGUGCUUAGCUGAUAUAUCCUACAGCGAAACAAAGCGGAAGAAUGUCUUUCGUAUUACAACUUCCAACCGGGAGUAUCUCUUCCAAGCUGAAGACCGGGAUGAAAUGUUGGCCUGGAUCAAUACUAUUCGGGAAAAUGGCAACCAGAAUGAUGAGGAAACUAACCAAGCAAGCAGGGACAUCAUAGAAGAACAGAGAAAGCGCAAGGACUACAACGCAGCAAUGAAGUCCUCAAGCAACAAAAAUGAACCAUCUCCCAAACCUUCCCGCCAACCCCUCACUAUACCAAAUAUCCGCACCAGAACAGAUUCGAAACUGCAGAGUCCGCACUCCCCGAAGCAAGAUUCUGAGCGGAAACUGCUCAAAGAUGAGACCAGUCCACCUAAAGACAAAGGAACGUGGCGGCGAGGUAUUAAUAACAUUAUGAGAAAGAAGAAAACAACAGGUGGCGGUACCUUUGGUGUUCGUCUAGAUGACUGCCCCCCUGCUCAGUCUAACAAAUAUGUACCUCUGAUUGUGGAUAUAUGCUGUAAACUAGUAGAAGAGCGAGGCCUGGAGAAUACUGGGAUAUACAGAGUUCCUGGUAAUAAUGCCGCCAUCGCCAGCAUGCAGGAAGAGCUCAACAAAGGAUAUACGGACAUCGAUCUGGAGGAUGAUAAAUGGCGGGAUUUGAACGUAAUAAGCAGUCUGCUAAAGUCCUUUUUCCGUAAGCUUCCAGAGCCUCUGUUUACUAAUGAUAGGUACAAUGACUUCAUUGAAGCAAACCGUAAAGAAGACCCCAAGGAAAGACUCGUAACGCUAAAAAGAUUGAUCCUCGAUCUACCAGAGCAUCAUUAUGAAACACUCAAAUUCCUUUGCACACAUCUGAAAACCGUGGCAGAAAAUUCAGAAAAAAAUAAGAUGGAACCCAGAAACCUGGCCAUUGUGUUUGGUCCAACUUUGGUCAGAACGUCGGAAGACAACAUGACGCACAUGGUCACACACAUGCCUGACCAGUACAAAAUAGUGGAGACCCUUAUUCAAUGUCAUGAUUGGUUUUUCACUGAUGAAAGUGCAGACGAACCAAUUACAGCUGUACAGGAGGAAAGCACAGUAGAGUCUCAGCCAGUGCCAAACAUAGAUCAUUUACUCAGCAACAUUGGAAGGACCGGCUUGUCCCCCGGAGACGUAUCAGAUUCCGCUACUAGUGACUCAGCAAAAUCUAAGGGUUCUUGGGGAUCUGGAAAAGAUCAGUAUAGCAGAGAGCUGCUAGUAUCCUCUAUUUUUGCUGCUGCCAGUCGAAAGCGCAAGAAGCCAAAAGACAAGGCUCAGCCAAGCAGUUCCGAAGAUGAGCUGGACAACGUAUUUUACAUAAGGGAUCACUCUCCUCAUGAAACACAAAAGCCAGAGAGUAGCAAAUGUGAAACUCCAAAAACUAACAAUGUGCCUCUAAAACCCAAAGCACUGACACUGAAAAUAAAUACAGAAUUUCUAAGCAAAAAUGAUCCGAAUGCAUGUGUGGAUGUAAUACCCAGGAAGGACAGUACACCUUCUGAUGAGCCAACUACUCCUCUAAAACCCACCAGUUCUCCAGACAUAAGGCAAAGACUGACCGUGCAGUCUGAUGACAAAAAAAUAUUCCCUUCCCAGGAGAGCAUGUCAGAUUCAGGAACUGUACUUAGCACUUCAUCCCAGGCCUCCACGCAUCGAAUAAAACCUAAAAUCAUCAUUAGCCCCGAUGUAAGAAGCAAUGACUUUCUGACUGCAGAGGUGAGCUCCAUCACUUCGGACUACUCUACAACGUCAUCCACUUUGUACACAGUUGGGCUGGAACCAAACCUGAUCAACCACGAGGUGCAAUCUGUAGCGGAAAGCAAAGGUGAUGAGGCAGACGACGAAAGGAGUGAAUUAAUAAGUGAAGGCAGGCCAAUGGAAACGGACAGUGAAAUGGACUUUCCUAUAUAUGGUUCAAGUAACUCAUAUGAUAGGCAGAAUCGAGGGAAGGUGGAAGAUUUCUCUCGAAGGAACUCUGAAGGAAGUGCCAGCUGCACUGAGGGGAGCUCAACCCCGCGGAUGGACAGCCGACGUUUUAGUUCUCAUAAACUCAUUGAAUGUGAUACUUUAUCGCGGAAAAAGUCUGUACGACAAAAGACGGACAGUGAAUGUUCAGCUGAAGGCAAAAAUGACGAAACCAUGGCAUCUUCUAAUGUUGUGGAUAUAAACAAUAAAGGAAUGCUUUCUGGAAACACAGACUUGUCAGUAAAAAGCGACCCAGAAAAGCAUGAACAGGGAUGGAGGCUUAAAAUAACGGACAGGCUUAAACUGCGCCUUAAAGCUUCCGCGGACGAUAUGUUUGGAAUAGGGAGUCAAAAAGCAAAUUCAAACGAAAACCGGAAGAAGAAGAAUAUCAGGAGGAGGCACACACUGGGAGGGCAGAGAGACUUUGCUGAAAUAAGUGUUUUAAAUUCUUGGAAAAUCCACGAACCAUCUCGCAGUACAGAGAAUGAACUUUCUGCUGUGGAUCGAUUGAAACCAAAGUGUCCAUCGCAAGACCUCUCCAUCUCGGACUGGCUCGCACGAGAGCGUUUACGCACUAGCACAUCUGAACUCAGUACAGGAAAUCUAGAAGAGUCACCUUUACAGAACAGUAAAUUAAGAGAGUCAUCGAUGCCAAACCCACCAACGCCAUCUUCAUCCCAAGUCAACUCUGCCACCUCUAAUGACGGAACUGAAAAUAUAUCCGACUUGACCUCUCCACAGUCAAGUGAUCAAUUAAAUGGGGAGAGCUACCAGAGCAAGAACAAAAGUAGCUUUAGUCCUGCUGUUGACGCUCACCCACAUAAGCUUUCUGGUACCCAGGUGGCAAGAUCUACUUUCUACCAGUACCUUUAAAGAACUUCAAACCAAUUUUGUUGAGGAGUUCCAUUGGCGGUGACUUGGGUCGACCUCGAAGUUGCCGAUGGAACUUGUAUUGUAGUAUAACAAGUCGGUGAGCUUAAAGCUUGCCUAUGUCUUGAGUAAAAAUUCCAAUCUAUAUUGCUCUGUGCCUGAAUUAUUUUUUUAUUUUUACUUGUCUGCAGCCUGUAUGGGGCUGAAUUCACUCAUAGGCCCUGUGGAAAGUCUUCAGAGCGGCCACAACAAACAACACAAACACCUUCUCAAUGGAAGUACUUACAAAAUUUGAUCAAAUCUCUUUUCGCUUCUCGAUUGUGCAUCAUGGCUUCUGUAACCCAGGGUUUUCUUGUUAGACAUUUGCUAUGUAACAUAUGUAACAAUGUCCCUUUUUUCUGUUUUUGUUUUUGAUUUAGUCACUAAGAAAAGUGCCUCAUUUUGACUUCAUCUGGUGUGCUAGGGUGCCAUAUUGUUACAUGCUAAUUGGAGAAACCUGUUGUGAACAGAGCAUUUUAUCAGUUUCCAGAUUUCAUUAAAUUUUACCGAUUUUAACAGGUGGACUCAGCGCUUCCAUUCGUUGUGCAUUCCGGUAGAUUCAAGUUUUUUAUAUACCAACUUUUAAUAGUUUUAUGUGACUUGAAUUUUUAAUCUUUCUGUAAGAUACAGUAAUAACUUAAUGUGUAUAGAAAAUAUAUAUAUAAAUAUAUAUAUUACAUUGCGUAUCUUUUCUUCAGAUACCGGAUUUUGAUAUAAAUGUUGUAAGAUAGGCAUGUAGAUAGUAUCGCCUGGGUGAAACUGGUUUCUUUCAUUGAAAAGAGUAUAAUUCUGCAUGACGAUCUAAUACCAUCCUGUACAUGCCUGUGUGCAUACCCACUUAAACACUGGAAAUAAAAUUGUUUUGGUGA